AUGACGCGCAAGAUUUGCGUCACGGCCGUAGAUGGCAACACGGGCUUCGCCAUCGCCGAGCUUCUCCUCCAACAUCGAGAGUUCUCGCGAAAAAUCGACUCCGUGGUCGGUCUAGCCUUGGAACCCAAGUCAGAGCGAGCCCAGGAGCUCAAGAGCAUGGGGGCGACGAUUAUUCCCCAUACUCUCGGCCGCGUCAAGGACAUGGUAAAGACGCUCAGGGAUGCGGGCGCAGACACAAUUUGUCUGGUACCACCGGCACACAAAGACAAACUCGAUAUAUGCGUCGAGUUGGUUGACGCGGCAAAAAAGGCCCAAGUCGCAAAUGUCUGUCUGAUUAGCUCGGCGGGAUGCGACUAUGCAGAUCCCACAAAGCAACCUCGACUCCGGGAGUUUAUCGACCUAGAGGCCCUCGUCUUGCAGUCCAAGGGUGACGCCAGCACACCUACCGGUGGUUCGCCCUGCGUUAUCCGGGCAGGAUUUUAUGCCGAGAAUCUCCUCCUAUAUGCUCCACAGGCAAAUGAGGAGGGUAUCCUCCCAUUGCCAAUUGGUGAGAGCCACAAAUUCGCCCCCGUUGCUCUUGGGGACGUUGCCCAGGUCGCGGCUCAUGUUCUCACGGGUAAAGGGAAGCACGGAUUUGAUGACAAGCAUAGGGGACAAAUGAUGAUAGUCACUGGGCAUGAGCUAGCUACCGCCGCGGGCAAGGCACUUGGUACGGAGAUGGAAUUCGAAAACAUAUCCCAGGCCGAGGCAAAACGUGUGCUCAAGGCACAGUCGGAUAGUGACCAGUCUGAGCUGCAAUACCUUCUCGAGUACUACAGCCUGGUGCGUGAGGGUAAGACCAACUAUAUCGCGACUACUGCGUUUCAUGACGUUACGGAGAGUCAUCCAACUGAACCCGAUGAGUUCUUCCGGUUGUAUCAAACUGAGUUCCGGCCCAGUAAGAAGGUCAAGCAUAAUCACAACCACAAGUAG